AGGCGGCAGCAUAAAUAAUAAUUAUCUUCGUUAACUUUUAUCGAAGAUUACAGUGUGGUUGAAGGAAUUUAGGAACCGUUUUGGAGGGGGCGAAUCUCAUCAUCUCAUUCCUUGGCCUGCCACGUGAGUUUCGAUAUUGCUUAGCGAUGCGAACGGGAGUCUUGCUUGCAAUCCAAUCCAAUAAGCUCAGAGUCUAAUCAGUUGUGUCACUAUCAUAAACCUAACAAGUUUGAUCAUUCUAUCAAGUCGCCUCGCUUCUCCUGGAAAUUGUAGUCCGCGACUGAAGAGGAGGUGGAGCAGAAUCGGAGAUGGCCGAAGAAAAAGAUCCAACUUCAGUACCUCUCAGUCAAGCUGAUAAUGCGGCUAUUGAGGAUCCCGAAGAUCCAGCCAAGUCUCCCCCGUCAUCUCCCAACUCAUCUACUCGCAAGGCCUGCUGCUUUGUUCUCCAAAGUUGGGUCUCGAAGAAAUUUAUGACUGGAUGUGUAGUCCUUUUUCCUGUUGCGGUUACCUUUUUCAUAACAUGGUGGUUUAUUCAGUUUGUUGACGGUUUCUUCAGCCCAUUAUACUCCAGGCUUGGCCUUGACAUAUUUGGACUUGGUUUUGUUACGUCUUUAGUUUUUGUAUUUCUUGUUGGCGUUUUUGUUUCAUCGUGGAUGGGUGCAACUGUCAUCUGGGUUGGAGAAUGGGUCAUUAAGCGAAUGCCUUUUGUCAGACAUAUAUACUCAGCAUCCAAGCAGAUUAGUGCUGCCAUAUCUCCAGAUCAAAACACGACAGCAUUUAAAGAGGUAGCAAUUAUUCGUCAUCCACGCGUUGGUGAGUAUGCUUUUGGCUUUAUUACAUCAACUGUCACCCUACAGAAAGAUAAUGAAGAUGAAGAGCUAUGUAGUGUUUUUGUCCCUACAAACCAUCUGUAUAUUGGCGACAUAUUUCUGGUUAACUCCGAAGAUAUAAUAAGACCAAAUCUUUCCAUUCGAGAAGGCAUAGAAAUAAUUGUUUCGGGGGGAAUGACUAUGCCACAAACGAUCUCUCCAGUGCAAAGGGUUGGUCGAGUGAAUGACAGAAUCCCCAUGAACAGACUAGGAUAAAGUCCUUAUAGGACAUAUAGUUGCUGUAAAUGAGCAGAGUUUUGUCCGAUGUUACAGUUUAUGUUCAAAUGGGAGAGAGAAAGACCUUGAAUCUUUGUGGUGUAAUACUAUUGACUCAUUUUUUCUUUACUCUUCUCGACAUUGGACAUAUGAACAGACUAUGUUAAUUAAAGGCUCCCUUUAAUUAACAUGAAGUUAUGCUCAUCUCCCGACUGUCAAUGUGUGAUUCAAUCCUGUCAAGAAUAGACUUGUCCUCCAGUA